UGUAUGUCCAAGCUACUAUGAAACACUGAUAGCCCCAAGGAGGAAGUCCAGGAAAGCCUGACUUCCUCCACAGAAGAAGCGUCUCAGGCAGUGCUUCUGUAACAAUUUAAACUAAGGACAUCUCCCUGGGGAAUUCCUUGGAAGUGAAGGUAUGGGCUGUUUUGCCAAACUGAGGUCGUCCAGCUGGGCUUACCCAACGGCUGUCCUGUCUCUCUAUGGGUUCUUUGCUAACUGCAGAGUAGCGGAGCCCUUCCUCACGCCUUACCUCAUCGGACCGAACAAGAACAUCUCGGGAGAAGUGGUGACUAACUACCUGUUCCCUAUCUGGACGUACUCCUACCUGGCCUUCCUCGUCCCCGUCUUCCUGCUGACUGACCUGCUGAGGCACAAGCCCCUCAUUGUGGUGCAGGGGUUCUUCCUGGUCACCAACUAUGUCCUGCUCUGCUUUGCCCCGGGUCUGCCUGCUAUGGUCGUCCUUCAGGUCAACUAUGCCGUGGUGGCUUCCACAGAGGUGGCCUACUUUUCCUACAUUUACACUGUGAUUCCAGUUGAGAGUUACCAAAGGGCCACCGGUUACCUGCGAAGUGCAAUGCUGGCUGGAUAUACAUUCGGCGCCAGCUUGGCCCAAGUGCUGGUCUCCCUGGCAGGAAUAGACUACUUCUACCUCAAUGCGAUCACUCUGGGGAUUCAAAGCACGGCUUUCCUCAUCUCCUUCGGGCUGCCCAUGCCCCAGCGGAGCCUCUUCUUCAAAGCGGAGAAGGAUGGGACCUCUGGAGGGGACGGGCCCGAGGAGGAGAAGGAUGGGGCCGGCUCGGGGGAAGCGAACGCGCGGCGUCGUGGCGCUGCUGGCUGGCGCACCGGGGGCAACGUGGCCACCGCGGGCCUUCUGCUUUGGCAGAGCUUCAGGGAUUCCUAUUCCUCCAGGCAUCUAGUUUACCCCGUGAUCUACUGGUCCCUGUGGUGGGCUCUGGCCACAGCUGGCUACGUGCAGGUUUUCAACUACAUCCAGCUCAUGUGGGAUCACAUAGAACCGUCUGCCUCCUCAUCCAUCUACAACGGAGGCGUAGAAGCGGCGUGCUCCCUUGUGGGUGCUGCAGCGGCGUUCUCCGUGGGCCACAUCCAGGUGGCGUGGGCCGUGUGGGGCGAGCUGGCGUUGGGCUUGUUCUCAGCCGUGGGGACGGGCGCCGUGUUUCUGAUGGCGCUCACCAGCAGCAUCUGGGCAUGUUAUGCUGGUUACGUCAUAUUCAAGUCCUGCUAUAUGUUGCUCAUCACCAUCACCACAUUUCAGAUUGCUUCCAACCUCUCCAUGGAGUGCUAUGCCUUGACGUUCGGGAUCAACACCUUCGUGGCCCUUCUGGUGCAGACGAUUCUGACGUUCACGGUUGUUGAUGAAGCUGCUCUGGGGCUGGACAUCGUGACGCAGUUCAUCGUCUACGGCAGCUACUACGCCACCAUCUCUGUGCUCUUUCUGAUCCGAGGGACCUACACUGCGUGUGUUAACCAACGCAGUCCUGAGCGCACGGGAACCACGGAACCAGAGUCCAGUGGGGAGGUUCUCCCUGCUGAGCGUUUCUGACCAACAUCUACGC